AUGAGACAUGGUGUUGUUCGAACUGAUUCGGAGGUUUUCUGGGAUCCUCUUCCAUAUGGCCCGAACGAUAACCUUCAUCUUUGUAGUGAUUGGCCAAUAGGUUUUCUUGUUCAUGAAAUAUUAGAAUCAACAAGCAACUACAAUAUAGCUGUUGAACAACUUGCGCAAUCUCCAAUAAUUGCACCAUGUUAUUUUACUAUCUGUGGAACAAGUCAAUGUAAGACAAUUGAAACUUUAAUAACUCGAAAACAAACAUCAGAAGAAAAUAGAUUAAUAGAGAUUUGGCAAGAAAUUUUUGCUACUCAAUUGUUAGAUAUUAUGUCAGUUAUACAAUGUCCAAUAGUAUUUGGUGUGAUGCGACGAUCGGCAGGAGAAAAAGGUUGGCCAUUAAUAUCUGAAUAUGAAUUUAAAUUAUUACUGAAAGAUGAUAUAUUAAUACAAACUCAAGAAAAAUUAACUCGUGAAGCAUUCUUAAGAGAAUUAAUCAUCUUUAAGGAAGAAUUCGAUCAUAAUGAACAACUUUUAUCAUUGAACUUCAUGACUAAGACUGGUCUUUGUUGGGAUAUUAUUCUCGAAAUAGCCAAAUAUCUUACAUUAAAUGAUGCAGUCGAAGCAUUUUCCGAUAAGAUUCUAUUUUUAUUACGAAAAUAUAAAACAAAAGUACAUUUAUCUUAUUCUUCUAAUAGAUUUAUUAAUAUGAUUCUUCGAACAAUCGAUUAGUCUUCCAAAGGUGGAUGA